UCUGUUUUUUUUAGGAAUUAUUUUAGCAAAUUUCAUAAAGAAAAUAAAUAAUCCCUAAAAUGUCACAAGCAAGUAAAAUAACAUUGUCGCUAUUUGUGACUGCUUUUGUUGUAACAGUCAAUUGCAACACUUGUUCUGUUAAACCAAUGGAGAAAGGCGUGGAUUUGAAUAGGCUUGCUGGAACAACUUGGUAUCAAAUGCUUAAUGCAGAUGAUCCGAUUAAUCGCGUCACUCCUUGCUAUGUCAUGAAGUUUGGUGAAGCCACAGAAAAUGGAAUCAGCUUUGAAUUUGUUAUGCUUGACCCCAGUAACUUGGGUCGUGUUGAAACAUCUUAUCAACAAUUCUACAAGGAAGGACAAGCCUUCAGAUUCAAGAUGGAUAAUGAGGAAAAAUGGUUGAAGGCUUCGCUAAAGCAGGCGUUGGAUAAACCAAGAGAAGCGAGUGGAGCCGAAAAGGAAUUACUCGACCACUUCAAAUACCCUGUGUAUAUCUAUACCGACUACGAAACUUACUUCAUGGGUAUUUUGUGCCGAGAAGAUAGCCCAGUAGCGUUUGCGUAUUCUUCCUACAACGGUAUCUCAGCUGAAACUACGACAAAAAUUUAUAAUGCAAUGAUUGAACACGACGAUACACCUGUGCCGUUAUAUUUCUCCCAGUGCCCUUUGAUGGAAAAUAUUGAAGAUUAUUUGAAGAAAUUUGUCAACAAUUACGACUGUGAUUCUGGACAGUUUCAUUUGCUGUUAGAGCGGAUCGGAACGCCUUGUUGAUAUGGUACCAUGAUGUAAAUGUUGUGUUGUAACUGUAUACACAGAGAAUUGAAAUGAAACUUUGUUAAAGGAGAGUGAAUAUAUUUAUUGACACGCAUAUUCAAGAGAAUAAGCAUUUGCCAUGAAUUCAUUGGGUAUUCGCUGAUUCAGUAUUUGAAUUCACUUACAUACCCACAACGUUCUUGCAGUCUACGUAACUAGCCUUUAAUUAUAUUUCGUGACCAUCGAGAUAAUAAACAGUGAACUGCAAACAAUAAGCACAAAGAUAGGACAGUUCCACAACCGUAAUACAGAACGGUAACUGUCUCGUAAAAGCGGGGCUUGCACUCACUGGUAUAAAUAAUGUCUUUUAAUGCGGGGACUUCUCUUGGAAUCGGUAAACUGUGCCCUGUUGGGUAAGUCACCGCAUUGUAGCCAUGUAGCUGUUUCACUGUUACGCUUCGUUCAGGAUACCCUAUGAUUUUCGGUGAAUUGAUGAUAAAAUAUAUCGUUUCGUCUUA